AUGCCUAAGAAGAAUGGUUUGGAAGCUCCGGCGUCGAGUGGCAAGUCGGACGCUACCGAGACGACACCUCUCGUGUCCAAGAAUGGAGAUGGUGAUAACGGAGGAGAGCCUAGCAAGAAUGGGAUCAUCGGAGGACUCUCUGCCUACCAAACAGCUUUUCUCAUAGCUGGUGAGAUGGUCGGUAGUGGAGUUCUAGCACUCCCUAGAGCACUUGUCAAAACUGGAUGGGUCGGAGUACCAAUCAUAAUUUUGAUGUGUGCCAUAGCGGCAUUUAGUGGCAAGCGGUUGGGUGAUUGCUGGACUAUUCUAGAAGGUCGCGAUCCUGAGAUGAGGACUAGGAAGAGAAACCCGUAUGCUAUCAUUGCAGAACAGUCCUUGGGAAAGAUGUGGAGUGUAGCAGUAUCACUAGCUAUGAUUGUGACUCAGUUUGGUAUAGCCGUGGUGUACUUGUUGCUGGCUGGGCAGAUCAUAGAGCAGGUGUUCCUGUCCCUCAUGCCGACUGUCACUAUUUGCAUCUGGUAUCUUGUGGUAGUGUGUGCAAUGACACCGCUCAUGCUCUUUGGUACACCUAAGGACUUCUCUUUCUUGGGAGUCGUCGCGUUCUUCUCUGCUGUAGUGGCGUGUCUCCUCUACUUUUUACAAAUGAUGAACGAUAUUAGACCAUAUCCCACUUUCCGUUGGGGCAUCCACGGCUUUACAGACUUCUUUUUGGCAUUUGGUAUUAUUAUGUUUUCUUUUGGAGGUGCCUCAACCUUCCCCACCAUCCAAAACGAUAUGUCUGAUAAGACCAAGUUCAACAAAAGUCUUCAAUACGGUUUCGUAGGAAUCCUUAUUCUUUAUCUCGUAAUUGCGAUCACGGGGUACGCAGUGUACGGAGAGUCGGUUGGGUCUAACUUUAUCACGUCCCUGUCGCCCACGCCUCUCAGUCUCGUCGGUAAUGUUCUGAUGGUAGUACACCUGAUAUGUGCUUUCAUCAUCCUCAUCAACCCUGUUAGCCAGGAGCUGGAAGAGCUGUAUAGUAUUUCUAGAGAUGCAAUCGGCUACCGUACUUUAAUCCGCCUGUCCAUUAUGGCGGCUAUCCUCUUCAUAGGCGAGAGUGUGCCUCGUUUCUACACAAUCCUGGCACUGAUCGGUGGUACAACUAUAGCCUUGCUUACUUUCGUACUGCCCUCAUAUUGCUACUUGAGCCUCGUCAACCAAACCCCUAGGGAAGGGCAAGAGCCUGUUGAGGUGGCCGGAUGGGUGAAGUUUGUCUGUUGGGAGGUCAUCGUCAUAGGCGUGGUGGGUGCGCUUUCUUGCUUCAAGCAUUACGCUGUCAUAGCGACAUUUUUCUUCUUUUUGGGUAAUGUUAUUUCUGAGUUAAAAACAUUU